AUGCCGCGCCCAUCCCUCCCCUUGACACCGAGCUCGUCGUCCGAGAUCAAAGGCCAGGGCAACGCCACGGAUCUCUCUCAACUUCAGAUGGCCUUCGAACUCCCCCCAUCAGCAAUUGCCGGUAGUAGCAACGGCUCUCGUCCUGCAGAUCAGACAUCGUCCUCUUCAGUCUCUCCCAAGGCGACAUAUCCCGUCCAGCCGAGCGAGGCUGUCAAGGCCAGACGAAGAUCGUCAGCAGCACAACAGCAGAAGGAGUCCUUCGCUCUACCUCCGCCACCCACGAGGUCCCGCAAGAUCAUCCAGAUGAAGCCACAGACUCAAACCGAGCCCGCAGAGUCGACAUCGUCAGCCAAGGCGAAAGCCAGUGCGAACACAACAUCCAAGAAUGCGCCUGAUGCCGGGUCCAAAAAGAAGCAACCCUCCUCCACGAGCGCCGCCGGACGGAAAAUCGCGAGGAAGACUGCGCACAGCUUGAUUGAGCGACGGAGAAGGUCCAAGAUGAACGAGGAGUUUGCCGUACUCAAGGGCCUCAUCCCUGCUUGCACCGGCGACAUGCACAAGCUUGCCAUCCUCCAGGCUUCGAUAGAAUAUGUACGAUAUCUUGAAGACUGCGUUGCAACCCUCAAGUCUCAGUGUGAUGCCCAAGCCUCGCUCCCAACCCCAGCAGACUUCAGACCAUCAGCACCACAGGACAGGGACCAGUACGACGAGGAGGAGGAAGAGGACACCGGCGAUGUCGAUGCCCAAGAAGAUGUGGAAAUGACUGGUGCAGCUUCCACUCCUGUCACCGCAACCCACAGCCGGUCACCACCGACGAUCCUUCAGCACGACAGCGGGCUCCAGUCCCAGCGCCCGUCUAUCUCACCGGCGCUGCUAGCUCAGGACGUUCUUCAGAGGCAGCAGUCGUACUCGUCGGUCUCGACGGCCGAUCGCCGCCACUACAGCGUGUCUUCCAGCGUGACAUCUCCAAUGUUUCAUGGGCAGGGCCACGACUACGCCGCGAGUAUCGGCUCCAUAUCGCACUCGGCCCUCACAAGCCCCGCGUUGAUGCCCCAGCAAGAGGACCACGAAGCGACUGCAGCUCUGCUGAUGCUCAACGCUGACCGCCGGGGCACAUUCAGCCAGAGCAAUGCGGGCAGGGGGAUGAGUGUUCGGGACCUUUUGAGCUCUUGA